UCACUCAGUUGCUCUGCUCUUCUUUGCUUUGGGUACUGUAAAGUGUUAAACUUCAAGCUCCAAUGCAAAUGCAACUGUUUUCUCUCCUUCUCUUUCUCUUUCUCUUUCUCUUUCUUUUUCUGUUUCUCAACUAGGGUUUUGUUUUCUAGCUCUCCUAAAACUCUCAACUUCCCCCACAUUUUCAAACACUUCACUUGCUACUUGCUGCAACUCCCAACUUCCCCCUGAUUCCUUCAUUUCCUCUCUCCUCAUUCAUCAUAUAUAUUUCUGGUGAACUGAACAAGCCAAAAGCGAUAGCAAAAACAAUAUUUAUUAUGUAGAAGAGAGUGGGUCAGGAAAGCUUUGAAGCAUAAUUUGACCAUUACUGUUUUCUUCUUGUUGCUUUAAGAGGAGGGUGAAAAUAUGCAGACUCCUAAAGCGAGUAGGAAUGGCUCAUCAAAUUCUGAAGUGCCUCCAAGGACAUCUCCUUCCACAAAAUCUUCCCAGAAGUCAUCUCCCUCGACAAAUCGGAUUGAUCGGCAGCUCAAGGUGGCAGGAUCAGGUUCUGCUUCUGGUUCAAUCACUCCUCCAAAUUCCUUGAGUAAGACUCCUAAAAAGAGGAGUCCUAAAGUCUUGGAACGUGGAUCACCACGAAGUCCAAUGACCGAGAAGCAUACCCCAAUCAAAUUGUCAGAACUUGAAUCUCAGCUCGGUCAGCUCCAAGAUGAAUUUAAGAGGGCAAAAGACCAGCUGAACUCAUCUGAAGCUUCAAAGCGGCGUGCCCAGCAAGAGGCUGACGAAACAAAGAAACAGCUCUCAGUCAUGUCAGAAAGGCUUGAAGAUUCUCAACAGCAGCUGAUAGAGCUAUCUAGUUGUGAGGAUGCUCGGGUUCAAGAACUCCGCAAACUCUCCCAAGAACGCGACCGAGUCUGGCAAUCUGAGCUUGAGGCUAUCCAGAAGCAGCACUCUAUGGAUUCUGCUGCACUGGCCUCCGCCCUGAACGAGAUCCAGAAACUCAAAAGACAACUUGAAAUGGUGGCUGAUUCUGAAGCAACCCAGAGUAUGCAUGCAGAAACGGCGCAUGCUGAGAUUGAAAAUUUAAGGGAGGAGCUCUCAGAAACAUUUUUGUUGGUUGAGAACUUGAGGAAAGAGCUCAAUGAAUGCAAAAGAUCUGAAGCACGCACACUGGAAGUGGCUAGAGAGGCUCAGCUGCAAUUACAAGAAACCAUGAAAAAUGCAGAAAAUCUACGUUUUGAAGCCCUUAAGGCAAAGGAGGCUUACAACAGUUUGGUCUCAGAGUUGGAGCAAUCCAAAGGUGAAGUUACUUCACUUGAGAAUUUAGUGAGGAAAUUCAAGGAAGAUCUGGAAAAUAGGAGCCAAAAUACAUCAGAUGCAUCAGAAAUCAUGCCUAAGCAGGAUAAUGAUGGCAAGAAAGAUGAAACUAAUGAGCUUAAAGCUGAAAUUGACUCAUGGAAGCUAGAGGUUGGCCAACUUAAGUCUGCAUUAGAAGCUUCUGAGCUUAGAUACCAGGAGGAAUAUAUCCAAAGCACAUUGCAAAUUAGAAAUGCAUUUGAUCAAGUGGAGCAGGCAAAAUCAUAUUAUAGUGCUAGGGAGGCAAAAUUGGAUUUAGAGUUGAAGAAAGCAAAUGGUGCGAUGGAAGAGCUGAAAUCGGAGAUUAUGACUAAGGACACUGUGCUCCAGAAUAUAUCAGAAGAUAACAAAAAACUAAGUAUGAAAAUUGAAGAAAACGAGAUUAAUCUAAAAAAAUCUGAACUUGAGGGGGAGCUUAAGAAGUUGAAGGAAGAUCUUCAGGGUCUUAAGACGGCUUUGUUGGAUAAAGAGAUUCAAUUUCAGCAUACCACAGAGGAGAACGAGAAGCUAAAAGCAGAGAUACAAAAACGAGAAGAUGAGAGAAGCAAAGUCGAUGAAGAGGCUGCAUUGUUAGCAAAGGCUGCUGAAAACGAGGUUUUAAUGAAACUCGGGUGUGUGACUGAGGAGGCAAAUAAAAGCAGUCAAAGAGCUGCACGUGCUGCUGAACAGUUAGAUGCAGCUCAAACCGCAAACUCAGAACUAGAAGCUGAGCUUAGGAGAUUGAAAGUUCAGUCAGACCAAUGGAGGAAGGCUGCUGAGGCAGCUGCCAAUAUGCUUUCAACUGGGAGCAAUGGGAAGUUUGUUGACCGAACAUCUUCGCUUGAUAGCAGCUAUAACACUCUUGCUGCAAAGAUGGACUCUCCUCUUUCAGACGACAUGGAUGAUGACUCACUCAAAAAGAAAAAUGGUAACAUGUUAAAGAAGAUUGGGGUGUUAUGGAAGAAGGGUCAAAAAUAAGACACACCCAAAAAGAGAACUGCUUUAUGUGCUGCGUUUAAAUACUUCUAUUUUAGAAUUUCCUUUAUGUUCUGGUAGAAUAUAUAUGGCAAUGUAAUCAUGUAUGUGGUUGGGGGGAUAAAAAAAAAUCUCUGGCAAGAGAAGUGUUUUUACAGAGGAUUUUGUAUAGUGAAGUAGACAUUUUGUUAAUUUCAGUCAUUCCAUUUUGCGAAAUUGUGCCUGAUACAUGCACAUAAGCACAUUCUUGAACUCAGUUGGGUUCUCCCUUUCUUUCUCUUGUUGAUGGAAUGUUGUUCCAAUGUACUAAUUAAU